GCCAAGCGUGCUCUUUCAUCUGCUCACCAAGUCAGAAUCGAAAUUGAAUCGUUCUUCGAAGGCGACGAUUUCUCAGAAGCACUCACCAGAGCGAAAUUUGAGGAGCUCAACAUGGAUCUCUUCCGUUCGACCAUGAAGCCUGUACAAAAAGUUCUUGAAGAUGCCGACAUGAACAAGAAAGACGUAGAUGAAAUUGUUUUGGUAGGUGGAUCCACUCGUAUUCCUAAAGUACAGCAACUCGUCAAGGAAUUCUUCGGAGGCAAAGAACCAUCUCGCGGUAUCAAUCCUGAUGAAGCUGUCGCUUACGGUGCCGCUGUACAAGCCGGAGUGUUAUCUGGGGAACAAGCCACCGACUCAAUCGUCCUACUCGAUGUAAACCCCUUAACAACCGGCAUUGAAACCGUAGGAGGUGUCAUGACCAAACUCAUUCCACGUAACACUGUCAUUCCCACAAAGAAAUCUCAGAUAUUCUCCACCGCAUCCGACAACCAACACACCGUAACCAUCCAAGUUUACGAAGGAGAACGUCCGUUGACUAAAGACAAUCAUUUGUUGGGCAAAUUCGACUUAACUGGCAUACCACCGGCACCUAGAGGUGUACCACAAAUUGAGGUAACAUUCGAAAUCGACGCCAACGGUAUUCUACAAGUAUCCGCCGAAGAUAAGGGAACCGGAAACAAAGAAAAGAUUGUAAUUACAAACGAUCAAAAUCGUCUCACACCCGAAGAUAUCGAUAGAAUGAUAAAGGAUGCCGAAAGAUUCGCUGAUGAGGAUAAGAAACUUAAGGACCGUGUCGAAUCUCGCAACGAACUUGAAAGUUUCGCGUAUUCGCUUAAAAAUCAACUUAGCGAUAAGGAAAAAUUGGGAUCAAAGAUAUCCGACGAUGAAAAGAGUAAAAUGGAAGAAGCAAUCGAAGAAAAAAUUAAAUGGCUCGAAGAAAAUCCCGAAGCAGAGGCCGAAGAUUAUAAGAAACAAAAGAAAGAGCUGGAAGAUGUAGUCCAACCGAUUAUCUCCAAGUUAUAUCAAGGUGCAGGCGGUCCACCACCACCAAGUGGCGAGGAUGAUGAUCUUAAGGAUGAAUUAUAAAGUUCCAAGACUGAUUUAUAAACUUAUUUAAUACUAGCCCAAGUGAGAUGUGUGAAUGGACAUGUGUGAACAGUUUAGUCAAAUGUUUUUCGUUUUAAGUGGUAAAAACCCUGUCUCUCAACAACUGAAGAAGAAUUUUAUAUU